UUACCAAUUGAAUUUGCUAGUUUGAUGACCAUUUCCAGUCAAACCCACGUGGGUACCUAAACUCCAAUCUUCUAACCGUCUCUUCUCUGCCAAACUUUUAUACUAUGAGCUCUCAAAUUGAAGCACUACACUCCUCAAUAGUCAAUUGUCUCACAGCCAUUUUAAACGGAUAUGCACACGACAGGAAACCGGCUGAAGAUGAGCUGAAAACACUCGAAGUAACGGAAGAGUAUGGUCUUGUGUUGGCGCGGAUCACAGCCUCAAACGAUAGUCCGAUACCAUAUAGACAGUUGGCAUCCAUUGUUCUCAAACAGUACGUGGAAACACAUUGGUCAAGAGAUCUCGAUGAUAAGUUCGAGGAGCCGGAACCACCAGCUCAGGUGAAGGAUGAGAUCCGGAAGAUACUGCCACAUUGCCUGAGGGACCCACAGAGCAAAGUACGGUCCACGGUGGCAUACGCUAUAUCAGCCAUAGCUUCUCUGGACUGGCCUGAGCAGUGGGGCUGCUUAUUUGAUGAGCUAAUGGCUGCAUUAUCAUCAGGGGAGAGCGACCUGGUCCAUGGAGCAAUGAGGGUGUUGUCAGAGUUUUGCCAUGAGAUUAGUGAUACUCAGUUGCCACAAGUUGUACCCAUCGUUCUGCCGGCUCUGCUAAAGGUCAUAGUUCAAGACAACCUGUACAGUGUUCGCACGCGGGCUAGAGCUGUGAGAAUAUUCCACACAUUUGCUGCCCUCGUGUACAGCAUGUGUGGGCGUUUCCCGGAUGCUCCGGACGGCCUUCUUUUUCCAAUACUGCCAGACUAUCUCACAUCGUUUGUCGAGUUGCUUGGCAACAGUAGCCAUGGUAAUGACGACCCUGGCCUCAGAAGAGAGUUAAUCAUGUCUUUGUGUCAACUAUUGCAAUAUUUUCCACGACCUUUGACCCCACACGUACUUACACUAGUGACCCCUGUAUGGAAUAUACUUGUGUCUUCAGUGUCGAGUUACGUAGCCAACGUGGUUAAUAACCCAGACCCAUGUGUGGGAGUAUGUGAUUCCGAUGGUGAGGUCAAAGGUCAAGAGAGCACCCUUUUUGCAAUCUUUGAGUUCAUCAGUGCACUUAGCGAGAGCUCCUUCUCCAAACGUUUGUUGCCUCCAAUUCUGCCAGAGCUCGUCUAUCAUCUGAUUGGCUACAUGCAGAUCACCGAAGAGCAGAUGUGUGUGUGGAGUGACGACAUUAACAGGUUUGUUGAAGAUGAUGAAAACGAAUUCUCAUAUUCAGUACGAUUGUCAGCAUUGGACCUCCUACUGGGCAUGUGCGAGACACCCACACUGGGGGGAUUCUGUUGUGUAGCAAUCGCCACGGCAAUAGAGAAGCGUCUACAGGAGAACCCCCUCACUGCCACUCAAGCAUCGUGGAAGGUUGCCGAGGCGUGCAUGUUGGUGUGCAGCUGUGCACUAGAGGCAGUGGGUCUGGGGCACGGGCAGUUCAAUUGUCAGCCCUUUGUUGAGACGGCCGUCCUCCCUGCCUUGACUAGUAACAUUAACCCUUUCCUCACUGGGCGAUGUCUAUGGCUCGCUAGUAAGAUGGGCACUGCUCUCAAGCCUGGCACCAUCUCACAGCUGUGAUGGAUGUGCUUGUGCACCUAGUGCGUGGGUGUGGGUGUGAGGGUGGUGUGCUUGUGACUGACGUCUUUCCAGCCAUUGUACAGCGAGUGCUCAGUUCUGAUGACUCAGCAAUACUACAGAAUGGUGGCGAAUGUGUGCGAGCGUACGUGUCGUCUUGCACAGAACAGCUGGCUUCAUGGCGUGAUUCUACAGGGACCAAUGGCUUAGAGUACGUUGUCAAGGUGAUACUGUACCUACUCGAGCCAACCAAGGCAGAAUUCACCGCUUCAUUUGUAGGGAAACUGAUCAUCUCUUUUGUAAAGAAGGCUGGUAGUGCACUGGGCGCUCAUUUGGAGCUGCUCUUGCGGUCAGUUCUCAGUAAAAUGCAGAGUACCUCGUCACUCUCUGUCAUGCAGUCUCUUCUGCUCGUCUUUGCCUACCUCCUCCAGACGGAGCUCGAGGCAGUACUAAGGUUUCUUUCACAAGUUCCGGACCCAACCGGCCAAUCAGCUCUCAGCUUUAUCAUGAGGGAGUGGCUAGCCAGACAUUCUUCGUUUUAUGGUGUAUUUGAACCACGAAUGUCGUCACUGGCGCUCACACACAUCCUUACACACACACUCACGACCUCUGACUCUCGGCUGACGUCUCUGGUUGUUAGGGGUGAGGAGGUGUGCCCUGUGGAGGGGGCGGGCGUUAUCACACGAUCACGACGCUCCCAAAUACCAAUACAGUACAACGAAGUAUCCGUCCCAGUGAAGAUUGUCAAGCUGAUAAUUGGAGAUAUUCAAAAUAUACUGGAAAUAGAAGAACCGCCAACAAACUACCAAUCAGAUGAUGAAAAUGAAGAAGUGUUGGGGGGUGAGCUAGAAGCUUUGUUGGACCACCCCCUGCUGGGGGGCGUGGAUUAUGAGGAGGUGGAGGAGGACCCUGACUUACUGGAUGAGCCUGUGCUACAGCUGGACAUGCAAAGCUACCUAGUGACGUAUCUGUGUGAGUUAUCUACUCAACCAUUUUUCACUGGCCUAUUGCAACACUUAACAAGAGACGAACUGAACACAUUAGCUAAAGUUGGCAUCACAUUUAACUCUUAAAUAUUUUUUAUCUGCUUUUUUGUAUGUGUUUGAAAUGUCA